GGCAUUGUCACACAUGAGGCUUAAAGCAAUUCUUGUUUCAAUCAGUAAGGAAAAUGUAACAAACAGGCAUCUAACUAUUCUCAAGUUACAGGUGACAUCCAUCUCUUGGCAAGCCACCCCUCAGAUGCAUUACAGUCAAAACACAGAAAUGUUUAACCCAGCCUUGAUUGAUAGCAGCCAGAGUCUUCUAGAAUUCAAGCUGUUUUAUUCACAUAUUUAGCAAAGGCCUUCUUUUGGCGUUGGAAACGUCAUUUGUAUUAUAUCCCAAAGAAAGUUGCUAGAUCAAAGCAUUGGCUAAGAUGUUCCAUUCUGAACUUUAAUUGCUGUUAAGUAGGAAAUAUAUUUUAUGACUGUAAGCUGACUUUGCACUGGGUGCAAUGACCAAGCACUCCUUGGCUCUUCAGCACAUGAUGAAUGUAAGGGAAUAUUUAUUUUAUUUCUCUAUCUCUCUGUCUCUUUACAAAAUCCUGUCCUUCCUCCAAGGAAUCCAGGACAGGAUUCACUCUCAUUUCGUUGACUUAAUAAGGAAUGACUAAGUGGAUUAUUGUAUGAAUGUUCAUUUAAUUUUUUUUAAAUAAAAAAUUAUCAACUUCUUGUUUUUAUUAUGCAUUUUGUGUUUUGAUCUUGUAUUUUUACGCUGUGAACUACCCUGAGAUCUUUGGAUGAAGUGCAGUAUAUAUACAAACCUAAUAAAUUUAAUUAAAUUGAGGAAGUUCUAUACGGUUCUUCAUCUGAGGAUCUCAGGGUGGUUUACAAUACAAAAACAAAAAUACACAAUAUAGUAACAAAUGAAAACAAUACACACACACCCAGUUGUUUUUUUAAAGGGAAGAGUAAAGGAAAUCUGACAGCCCAACCAGUGUUUGAUUCUCUAGUAAUUGUGUCUGAUGUCUAAGUUGCACUCUUACACUGCAGCUCAGGAAUUAGCUGUCAUUUGUCUAUUUUCGUUUGAAGACAAAAGAACCAAAGAUGGAUCUAUGUUGAGAAAGAAGUGGAUUUUAAAUCCCUGGGACACCUGUGUCAGGGCCAGAGCUGCUAUUCAGCAUACUCAAACAGCAAAUUUGGGUAUGCCAUUAAAAAGCAGCAUAGUGCCACCUGCCUAGUUUAUUAUUUUAUUUUUACCACUCUGGGGUGCCAUUUAGAUGUUCAGCUUCAGGCGACAAAAUACCCUGGACCACUUCUGUCUGAUGCUGCCUCUAAAUCAAGGAUGGCUAACUGUGAACUCUCCAGCAUGCUUUCUGGAUAUAUCCUUACAUAUAUUUAUUAUAUCUUAUUUUUAAAAAACUUGAGCAAUCUGAAAAUGGUGAUUAGACUAUUUGAGUGAGACUGUCUCCUCAGUACAGUUUACAUGAUAUAGUGGUCUCUAGCCUAUGAAGGCUUAUGUCACAAUAAAUCAGUUAGUCUUUAGGAUGGGACAGACUCUAUUGUUUUACUACAACAGACUGAUGCAGCUAUUCGUCUGGAACUGAGUCAACAAGAGUUAAUAAAUACAAAAUAAAAUUAUGAUUUGUUCCCUUGUUCUUCCUUAUUGCUGUAUGAAGAUUUCAUUGCUUGGGAAAGAGAAGGAAUUUUGCAACAUCUGAACAAAGGAAAUGAUAAAAACCAAGAACCAUAGCCCUCAUAAAUGUCUCAUUGGUUGCAAUGAUGCGUUGCAACAGGAAACUGUCUUCUUAGUACAUUUUAAUUUACUAUGAAUAAGUGAAAUACGGUACUUUGUGCAGUGAAUCAGUGCAGUAUCUAGAGCACCCAGAUAUAAAGCAAUGCAUUUGUGUGCUGUAAAUCAUUCUGAAUAUUUUCCGACGGUAAGUUGUAGUUUGAGGUGUUGGCCUACAGCCUGACAACUGCUAACAGUAUUGUGGUUUUCAGAAAAGAAAAAAGAAAAAGAAACUGUACUCUGACACAAUAUGCAUAGUGUCAAUGAUGUGCUAGUACACAGAGGUCAGUUUAUUGUAUUAUGGCUUCAAUCACACAGUAAUUCCUGCUGUAAUGGAGCCAUUCCCGUGUCAAGGGCACUUAGCCAGACUUGUGAAUUAUAGCACUGUAGAAGCUGCUCUUCAGUUUAUUACAGUUCAAUCAGGGCGUUUCGCACACAUAUUACUUUGCUCACCCAGCAAUGGCCCCACCUGUGACUUUUAGCCAGAGUCAACCGUCCCAGGGUAUAACAUAUUGCAGGGUUAUAUUCUACCUGUGUAACUCAUCUCCCGUAAAGAAGAAAAAGGCCACAAUAACUGUAAAUCUGCAGUGCAGUAUAUCAGUGAGGAAUCUGCAACAUGCUAUUGUAAUGAAAUGAAUUUGGUACUUGUGUUGGGAAGUGCUGGGAAUAUUUUUCGUUGCAGCUGAAAUCUGGCUUUCGCCUACAAUAAGGAGGAAUUACCGUAACCUUCCUUCCCAAAUUGUUCUCAAAUAAACUUUAAUAAGCACAACCAGUACUGAAUACCCUUGUAAACUGCACAUCAUUGCUUUAUGGUCUGGAAGCAAGACUGCCUGGACCUUACCCAGAGACCUCCAUCUAUAAAAGUUUAGAGGCACGGAGGCUAUUGCUGCUGCAGCUUCUGUCCUGUUCCUCAGUUGUUGAGGAUGGAAGUGGGUGGCAGCUGCUUCUAAGCGCCUCCCAGCAUUUUGACGUCCCUGAGUACUGAGCUGGCUACCCAACAAGUACCAUUGAAAUAAAAAGUGAUGCUUUCUUAGUAAACUUAUUAGGGUUGGGGUGCUUAUCCCCCCCAACCUUACUUAUAAGUAACAAUAUGUCAACUUUAGAGCAACAAUUUUCUAACUGUGUUCUGGAGGACCCUUGGAGUUCCUUGGAAGGUUAUCUGCUAUUGUGGGAUAUCUGUUCAGGGCUGCAGGAGAGGAUAUAUCGUUUGAUUAUAUUCUUUCCAACUUGUGUUAACAAGUUCUACAAUUUAGCAGAGUAACAUUCCCCUUUUUAAACUUGAACAGUGGAUGCAUUUGCUCAGGCUCACUAAAGCCUCUAAAAUAAUUUACCUGAUAAUUUCCCCUUUAGUUCCUCAUAAAAGAAAUAGACAUGACACAGUCUUCUAUAAAAGUAUAAAAAGAGUUUACUCACUCAUUCUGUUCACAGAUGGAUCCUAGAAGGCCAUAGCUGCCAACUUUUCCCUUUUCUUGCGAGGAAUCCUAUUCGGAAUAAGGGAAUUUCCCUUAAAAAAAGGGAAAUGUUGACAGCUAUGCAGAAGGCAGACUUACGUUACAAAAGUCAUAUACCUGGAAUCAAUCCCAUAAAGAGAUAGUCCCUUUGUUCUCGCUUGGCUGGAAGCCAAGAGAGCAUCUUAGGCUAAGCAGAUGUUGCUUCUUCGACAAAUGUAGUCAGAGAGAGAGAGAGAUGGCGGCCAGUCCUAUGCUUUUGUUACCUGCACAGGUGAGGCCACGCCCACCUCUGGUCACAUGUAGAGGAAGUCUGUCCCAGCCUAGGAGGAAACAGGAAGUUGUACUUGACUGCUCUGUGUUUCACAUCCCACAGCUAUUCCUUAAUUAUUAGUGCAGUAACAGCAGACAAACUUCCUGGAAACACAGCUUAUCCACCAAUAGAAAUCUUCUGCAAUGUGCAGCUGAAAGAGUUGGCUUCUCAGUUGACAGAAGGAGGCCUUCCUCAGUGUCUUCUAUGAGGGGAGAGUGUGCCCUAGAACAUAUGUGGCCCAGAAUCCACUGUCUUGGUAGAUGACAUGGGUAGGAUUCUAUGAAGUUAGGAAGCUGUCAAACCACUGAUCUAGUGGACAGGCUUAGAUCUGGGUUCAAGUGCUCUCAGUGCCUGAGAGUUGUCCUUGUUGUUGAACUCUUAACUCCCAUCAACUCCAGUCAGCAUAGCCAAUACUCAGGGAUUAUGGGAGCUGCUAUCCAGUGAUAUCUGGAGGGCCACAGCUGGUUCCCCAUCUUUGAUCUAUGCCAGGAGUAGGCUAUAUUUUUCACUCUGAGGAUUGCAUUCCCUUCUGGACAACCUUCCAAGGAACACAGGCAAAAGUGGCUGGAGCAAGAAAUGCAAAUUUUGCCUUUGGACAGUAGGCUCGUUCCUACUCCCUUGCCCUGAGUCUCAGGUUCACAACCCUGAUCUAUUUCCUAGUAGUCUUUGUUUACGACUUUGGCAUAGCUGUCAACUUUCAGAUUUGAAAAUAAGGGAUCAGCAGCCUCGAAAAUAAGGGAUCAGCAGCCUCACCUGUCCCGGGGACAGUCUAUGGGAUAUCUAACAAUCCGGGAUAGCAGUGGGAAACGGCGCUGGAAUAAGGGAAUUUCCCGCAAAAAAAGGGAAGGUUGACAGCUAUGGACUUUGGUCAUACAGUAUUCCUGUCUCUCAGCUCCAGCAGGUCAACUGCUGCUUCUGGCCCCGGUCCCUGGGCGUUGUAGGGCGGGGCAGGCACGCUCAGGAUAGGAUAGCCAGCAAAGAUUCAAGAUUGCUAAGCACUUUGCACAUUAAACCGUUUCUGUAUACUUUACAUGCAUGGGCGUAGCCAGGAUUUUUGUUGGUGGGGGGACGGCUUUUGUUAGGAGGGGAAAGAACCUCAGAUUUGUCUUGCUUUUUUAUUGAGUUAGGGGCUUGGCUAUGGGCACAUGCUUUUUAUACAAGCUGCGUAACACGCAGUGGCUGUGGACGCAUUCACAACCUCUCCACGAUGCAACCUGCGAGCUAAUGUCAACUCUCUGCUGCUCCGUAUGCAAAACCCGGGCUGGAGCGGAACCAAUCAGGACCAGAACCAGCUCCCAGGCCCCGCCUUCAUUCCUAAACCCACCCCUCCUCCGACGGCUCGCUUAACAGCUCGGUGCAAGUGAUGGGAUGAGAAACGCGCGCAAAACCCUGUUUUGGCGAGAGGUGGCUCGCCUUGGCGGAGGAGUGUCCGGCGUUGCUGCUUUUCUCGGCACUUACCUGGGCAAAGCUGCCGUUGCAGCACGAUGCGGGAAACAGGAGGAGACGAAGAAAGACCAUAGCAACUCGGCAGUCUCGCUUGGAAGCGGUUUGUGCCGGUGCGCGCGUGGGAAGCCCCGAACGCGCGUUUCGGAUCGGAUCGAGAGGUGCUGAGAGAAGAAGGGAGAGGAAAGGAAAGGCGAGCUAUGGAGCGCGUCUUGGCUUUGCAACGCUUUCUUCGGGACUAGUUCUGCAAAGAGGGAGCUGGAGGGCAAGCGGCGUGGGGGCGCAACCGGCAAUCCAAGACCCCAGGCGCCAUUAAUUCCUCGGCGCGUGGAGGAAACACGUCCGGGAGGAGAACUUCCAUGUAGCCGCGACCCGGGAUUUUCCCUUCCGUCAGGAGUAUAUUUGCACGCGCAAGUCUUACGGGGGUUCCCCGCCCCGCCCCGCCAGCCCCUUCUUCCUCGCCGUCUGUGUUUGCCUGCAAGUUGCGAAGCUUCCCAUUGGAUUUCAUGGAGCUGGGAUUCCUGGUACUUGUUGGGCUUACAGUUAUCUCGAGUACAGGUAAAAAAACCAAACCAAACAAAGGUGGCGGAGAAAGAGAUCGAUUGUAUUGGUUAUUUCUGAUCGCUUUCUCGGAAGGGAUUCCCGGGAGCGGCGAUAGUGAACAAGAAUUCGAUUUUGCAGCGAUUAGCCGCGCGAUCCGUAACUAGUUUACUCAAAACCCAGCCCUUGAAUUGGCUUACUUCCCUAGUAAAUGUGGAUAGGUUUUGAGCUGUGCAAUCCUAUCACGUCUCAGAGAUAAAUCUAGUUUAGUUCUAAGGGUCUUAUUCCUAGUUGAGUGUAGGAUUGCAGUGGAAGAUUGCAAUCCUAUACCCACAUACCUGAGCGUUAAGUACACUGAAGUUUCAAAUCCUAUGGGCAUUAGUGCCUCCUAGUAACUGUAGAGUCAAGAUCAAAGAUAAAGUUCUCUUAAUGGCAUUAGAGAAAUUCUAAACACUGUUUCUUCUGUUUAACACUAACAGCAUUAUUAUUAAUAAUACAAUACUGUAUAAUAAAUAUAAAACUUAAAGAACAAUGUGCUCUAUGGAAUACCAAACAGAAUAAAUAGGAACAACAAAAUCUUGCCAGAAGCUUAUAACUUCUGAAAUGUUAAGUAAUUAUAAAAUUUAAAUGGCUACAUCAGUGACUAUUCCCUUGGUGACUUAAAAGCAAGACAAUAUUAAAAAAUACACUGUACAAUAAUUAAAAACAACAAUUAGCAAUAAAAAAUAGAAACAAACCAAACACCAAACAUUUAAAACUGCUUUUCCAUCCCCUUGCUUUUUAAAAAUAAUGCUAUUUGGCAACAAAAAAUUACGAACCCACCUUUCCGUAUUAACUGUUCCUCAAAUGAAAUAUGUAGGAUUUUCUGGAUCAAGGAAAUCUGACAAUUUUUCUAAAAAAUAAAAAGCAGAGACCUUUCCAAAGUAUUAUAUUGAUUAUGUGUACUUUGGAGUUAUGCACGUUUGCUGCUGAACAAAGAAGAAUGUUUUCUCGUGCUGUGGCUGUGAUGAACAGGGAGCCUGGGAAUAAAUCCCUGGCUGAAAUCUAACCUCAGUAACACAUUCUCUUCAUAGUAUUAAGGAUAGCAAAACCACUGUCUCUUGGCUGCAAUGGUGUUGAUCAUUCUUGCUUGCCUUACCAAGGGGUUGCAAGUCUAUCUGAAAUGUUUUGAAGACGCAAAAAGUCUGGUAUUGUCUCCACCAGGAAGUUCCCUGACGGAAAUAAUACUGCAUUAUUUUGGGUAUCUCACAUGGUUGAACUGCACUGUGUACUGGUUGCAUCUAGGAUCUCUCGCUUGUGGAAGUGAGGAUGCCUGGAGUGCACCUCUAAGAUUGCACUGUCAUCCCUGCAGGUAUUGCUCUGAUCUCCCUUGAAAUCCUGCAUGCCAGAAGGAUCUGGCAGAUGACAAUAAAAUGUGCCUCUAACUUGCAUGCUAUGGCUUGUUACAAGGCAGCACGCUUUUGGUGAGAGGUUUUCUCACAGUGUAAUAUGGCACUAAAUUAUUCAAGGAAUUUUUGGAGUAUUUCCUGCAUUUCAGGAUCUAGAAGUUGCACAACUCCGAGGGAUAAGUUGCACAUUUCUAGUGGCCAAGAGCAAAUGUUGAAGCCAGUGGUCCUCCAACAUCAAUAAAAGACUUCUGAUAUCUGUAUACUGGCAGCUUAGGAGAAAUUCGUGCUUGUUAUACUUGGCAAAGUAGUGCAGUUUGACAAUCAGUGUACGACUUUGUAUUCUUUUCGUCCAUUUGCUCAACUUUUCCCUCAUUGGCAUUGUUCUCAGGUAAGCCAUAGUUAAUAUUUUACCAGGAAUGCAUGGAUCAGUCUCAUUUUGCUCCUCCCCUUGCAUGAGCAGGAGCAACAAAACUGCCCUUGGUUUAUGGUGUCCAAAUUGUUGACUGUGAUUUGUUUUUCUCCAAACAAACUACAAGCAAAAUCUGGCUUCAGAUCAUGGUUUGUUGCAUGAGCGUAACCAGGACUUUUUGGGGGGGGGCAAGCUUUAUGGGGGGGGGGGGAGAGGCAGAACUGAAUUAUCUUCAAUGCAAUUGGUCAAUUAGUUAAGUAUUUUUAUUUAUUUACUUGAUUUGGGGGGAAGCACCCUGGCUACGCCCAUGGUUUGUUGGGAUUGAAUUAAGCCACAAUCCCUGGUUUGGAUAGAACACUAAGUCAAGAAUUGCGGUUUUAUGUUCCCACUAAGAAAGUGCUGUUGUGCUCAGGUCCUGCUUUCAGACUUCCCAUAGGUAUCUGGUUGGUCACUGUGAGAACAAGAUGCUGGACUAGAUGGUCCAUUGUCCUGAACCAGUAGACUUUUCUUAAGUACUUUUUAGCAAAGUGGGAGUGAUCUGCUCAUUAAUGCUAGACUGUGGCUUAAAAUGCCAUGCACGCCGUCCUACUCACUUAGUGUCCUGCUUUGUAGACCAUGGUUCAUUAAACUAAGAUUUAUUAACCAUGGCUAAGUGAUAUGUGUCCAUUGGCCAUGUUCAGAUGUUAUGAUAAACUGGUUUAUUAUGAGAUGGAUCAGCCUGUGCAAGCUUUCAGCUCAUCAGCUUUCCACUCCUCCAGCGUGACUGUGAGAAGUGGAUUGGAAGUUUCACUUCUGUUCCUGAUUAAUAGCUGUAUAGUGUUACACUCUGUGGUUUGAAGCUCUCUUGUUUCAAACAAACCCUAGCAUAGUUUUUCUUUGUUCAGAUGGCAUAACAGGUCAUGGUGAAUCAAACUGUAAGAGAAAGCUUCUGAGCUCCUCAUGGCCUUGACACAGGAGGUGAGAGGGGUGUGUGCAAACCAACGCUCACACAGGCUCAUUUCUGUCAUAAUCACAGAAUCACAGAAUUGUAGAGUUGGAAGGGACCCUGGAGGAUCAUCUAGUCCAGCCCCCUGCAAUGCAGGAAUAUGCAGUUGUCCCAUACAGGGAUUGAACCUGCAACCUUGGCAUUAUCAGCACCACGCUCUAAUCAACUGAGCUAUCCAGUGUCUCAAUAAGCUGUGGUUUAUUAUGAUGUCUGAAAACAUGUAAUCAUAGGUGGAAGUCUCAGUUGUUGAUUAGCAUAAAUAGAUGUUCAUGAUUUAUUGCAGUUUCCAUUCCAUAUGUUAAAAAGUAAUAAAAGACAACUAUUAACUUGGAGCAAACAUGCUAAGGAUUGUGACAGUCAAUGGUCCUUUAAAUCUUGUUCCAGAUGUUGCUGCCUUUUUAUUGGUCUUAAAUGCCUUACUGCGGAAAUAGAAGCUUUCCCUUCUGAUUAAACUUUGUCUUUUAUUUUCUCCCCGACUUUGCAGGCUUCUCACUGCCCGUCUCUCGCCCCCUGCUGCUCUACAGUGGUGGCAGUAGCAGCAACAGUGAGCUGAGGUUUCCAGGGCCCCACGGGAGGGUCAGCAAAGAAAACGAGACAGCAGUAGGAGGGCUGCUUUCAGCCGGCAACGCCACCGUGGGGAAAGUGGCUGGCCCACCGGAGGUACACCACAGAGCCAAGCGCUGCACUUGCUACACCUACAAAGAUAAGGAGUGUGUUUAUUACUGCCACCUGGACAUAAUCUGGAUCAACACCCCAGAGUGAGUGAGGAGGUUUGCUCUAAAUAAUGUAUGAAAAGUGAAUCUCCCUGCUGUUUUAUAUACUCCACAUGCACUGUUACAUGUGGAGUAUACACUUUAAUCUGCAUAAUGGUACAGUCUGGUGAUGCUGAAUGAAUAAGAUACGGAAUUAGUUUGUAUACAUCUCUUAGAUGUUGUUUAUGUAGCUCUUCUUUGGAGUUUGGCUGCGAUUCCAAUGGCUGUAUAUAACUGACUGUGUGUGCAUGUGUUUAUACACAGUUUGAUUUGUAUCGUCUAGCUAGUGUACCAGAAGCUGAAAAUAGGAUAAGAUAAAGUGAAUCAAAGUGGAGUAACCUCCAAGCAAGGAACCAAUGAGUAAAACUAUUCAUAUAAUAGCCCUAGUGAAUUGUGCAAAGGCAACUAUUGGAUAGGAAGGCAAAAACUGAACAGAGUCAGUAGCUGAUCUUACUGGCAUGAAAAUUCCUUCCAGUUCUGAGUCUGCAAACAAUGGCUUGGCUUUCUUACCAGUCACUACUUAUUCUCACCCACAGUGGCAUAGCACAGGUUGCUGGUGCCCCAGUGGGGCAAGUGCCCCCCGGUGGACUGGGCAGCCCAGUGGUGCUGGGCCAUCAUGCGAGGAAGCUGCCUUGGCAGCUCCCUCACAUGCCAGACUCCAGUAGACGAGUGGCGCACCUUCUCUUCCGCCCCUGGAUCAGGUCUGACAGCUCCGGCAUGGCAGCAUUGGGCCGCUGUGUGAGGAACCUCCUCAUGCAGAGGAGAGGUGUGGCGAUGCUGGUUCUUGUCUUCUCCAUGUAGAAAUACGAAUGCAGUUGGCUGUAUUUCAGUGUGGAAGGGAGAGGGGUUGUGAGCUGCUGGAUGUUCACCCGAGUGCCUGGGGUAUUAAACUGAGCAAGUGGAUUUGUAGAUGCCUGCUUCCUACCCCAAAUAUUGCAGUGUCUUCACCAGAUCCUGGAGUAUGAAGUAAGUAAAGUAAAAGUAUAGGACCCCUGGACGGUUAAAUCCAAUCAAAGGCGGGUGCGGCGUGCAUCUCGCUUUACAGGCCGAGGGAGCCAGCGUUUGUCCACAGACAGCUUUCUGGGUCAUGUGGUCAGCAUGACUAAAUCGCUACUGGCACACUGAGGACCAUGACGGAAACGCCAUUUACCUUCCUGCUUCAGCGGCACCUAUUUAUCUACUUGCACUGGUGUGCUUUUCAACUGCUAGGUUGGCAAAAGCUGGGACAGAGCAGUGGGAGCCCACCCUGUUGCAUGGAUUUGAACCGCUGACCUUCCAAUUGGCAAGCCCAAGAGCAGGGAUAGGCAACUUAAGGCCCGGGGGCCGGAUGCGGCCCAUUCUCCUUCUCAAUCCGGCCCAAGAGGCUCAGUUUAGACCACGUGCCACUGAACCUAUAGAUGGAAUUAUUUUUGUAGCUGACAACUAAUUUGACAAAAAUAAUUCAGAUGCUGAAGUACUGCCCCAAUAGUGUUUACAAAAAAAUGGAAGGAUUUUUUUAUUUUUCAUUUUUACAAUGAAAGUGAGUGCUGGAAAAGGUUCCCCUUCUCUUUUUUGGAGGAAGCUGCUGAAUUUGUGCAUCUGGCACAUGUUAAAGUUAGGAGUUAAUUUUUAUAUCCCACCCUUUUCACUAGACAUUUCAAGAAUUCCACAAAAAUCUAUGGACAGCACAGUCUGGCAUGCAAGAAGUACACACACACACAUAUAAUUCCCUUACUCUUUCCCCCCUUUCUAUAAAUUUGUAAUAUUACUGCUCAAUUCUGCCUUGCUCAGACCACAACUAUGUCUAGUUCUGGGUGCCACAAUUUAAGAAGGAUAUAGAUAAGCUGGAACGUGUGCAGAGGAGAGUAGCCAAGAUGAUCAAGGGUCUAGAAACAAAGCCUUAUGAGGAACGGUUGAGAGUGUUUGUUAUGUUUAGCCUGGAGAAGAGGAGACUGAGAGAUAUGAUAUGCUACAUGAAAGAUGGAACAAGCUUGUUUUCUCCUGCCCUGGAGGGUGGGACCCGAACCAAUAGAUUCAAGUUAUAAUAAAUAUUCCUUAUUUAAGCAGAGAUUGGAUGGUCAUUUGUCAUUUAUGCUUUAGUUGAGAUUCUUGUAUUGCAGGGGGUUGGACUAGACAACCCUCGGAAAUCCUCCCAAAUCUACCAUUCUGUGAUUCUACGAUUCUAGAACCUCUAUCACAAAUACUUUCUAGUUGGAAUAUUUUGUUCUGGGAGUUGGUUCACUGGAGUUACACUGGGCUGCUAAUGAUAUUAUUACAGGCUUAUAAGUAGCCACUUAUCUAAUCAUCUGUGGUGAAGCAUUGCCUUCAGGCAACAAGGAAAGGAACACUGUAUUUAUUUUUCUUUCAACCAUCCCUUGGCUGACAGUGGCUGCUUGGAAUGUAUAAUGUUAGCAGGUAGGCUAGAAAAAGGGUUGUAGGUAAGCAUCUUUUGUAAAUUUAUUUGCAGGGCUAUAUUUAUUAUUACUUGGACAUGUGAAAUUGCUAGGUGCUUACUAUAGUGGUAAUAAUAAUGUUAUGCAUUUAACAUAUUAGGCACUGUAUGAAAGAAAAAAAAAGGUUCCUUAUUCUUACUUCAUCAUGUGACAAAAGGUAAAAAGAUAAGUAUAUUCAGGUUAAUUAAAGUUUUUAAUUAUUGACAUAUAUUCUCUCCCCUCCCCAAAAGGUUUAUCCUGUCCACUUCCCCUGUCCUGCCACUCCUGUUUACAAUUUUGGACUGUAAGUUUCUUGGGGCAGGCAUUUAUAUUCAUACAAAUUGUAAAACACCCUGCACAUUGUUAGCACUAUUUAAUUAAACAAGUGAAAUAAACAUUGGAGGAGACAUAUAACAGUUGUUUCCACCUUGGCUUGGACUACAUACAGCUUCAGACUGCAAAGACUGCAUAUUGCUCCCUCAAGAGACUAGUUAACACCUGCCCAUAGAAAAUGAGCAUGUUGACAAGAUUCUAGCAUACCCUUCUCUUGUGUUUCUACUGGGUGUGUGAGAAGACAGUACGGUUUGGUUCUUGUUUUAGACUAAGAAGGAGUAGCCCUUUAUGCAUCCUCCAUACCAUUGCCAUUGAGUUUGAAGAUUUAUACCCUACCUUUCAGUCAAAGGUUCCUCAAGAUCGCUUAAAUCAGAUUUCAGUACUAUAAAAGAUAAAAACCCAAACAUAAACACAUAAGCCAGCAUCCCACAGGCUGAGCCACACCUUGGAGGGGCUUAGACCCUGGAACUCUGUAUUGUAUCAUUCAAAAUAAUAAUAGUGCAUUUUAGCAUGUGCAGAAUUCCAUUUCCGUUGUUUUUGUUAAUACACCACGUUUUCCCCAGACUAGGAAUUGGUGGCGCUGUGGGUUAAACCACAGAGCCUAGGACUUGCGCAUCAGAAGGUCAGCGGUUCGAAUCCCCGUGAUGGGGUGAGCUCCCGUUGCUCGGUCCCUGCUCCUGCCAACCUAGCAGUUCGAAAGCACGUCAGAGUGCAAGUAGAUAAAUAGGUAUCACUCCUGCGGGAAGGUAAAUGGCGUUUCCGUGCGCUGCUCUGGUUUUCCAGAGUCAUGCUGGCCACAUGACCCGGAAGCUGUAUGCUGGCUCCCUCGGCCAAUAAAGCGAGAUGAGCGCCGCAACCCCAGAGUCGGCCACGACUGGACCUAAUGGUCAGGGGUCCCUUUACCUUUACCUUUAUAGACAAAGCAGAUAUUUAUCACUGAGCAUGAGUUAUGCCAACCUCUAAGGUGGGCUGUGGUUUCCAGGUGGUUUCUACGCAGGGUGUCAUGUCCUAGAUUGCACUUCUUUCAGAGCAUUAGUUCGGAGUGGCUUAAGCUGUUUUAUGUACUUGAGAAACAGGCAAGUGGAAGCAGGAAAGAGGAAGCAUUUGAUUGUUAGAUGUUACUUGCCUUUUUUUUAAACAGCAUUCCAUUCAUGGUGAUCCAUGGGACAACAAUUCGGAAGUGCUAGUGUAGAGCCUCUGCAGUUCAACAUGCUGCAAGAAAAAUAUUGUGUCAUGCCACACUGAAAAUGUGUACAAACUGUGUUCUGCUUGAGCAAAUAGUUAGAACAUACUAUACAACUGUUGCCUUUCUGAAAAGCUGGAUUCCUGAGCUCUUGGGACAUAAGACUGCACUACUGAACUUUCAUUGAGUUUAUAUCUAUUUACUAGUCAUGAUCUUCCCCAUUUGAUCCCUACAAACUAUGAUUGUAGUUUGAUGGAAAGCAGAGAAUUCCCUGUUUGAUCUUAGCCCCUUGCCUGUUUCAUAGAGCUACAAUUCCAAGAGGUGUUUGAGAAGAGGCCAUUGCAGUUUGACUUCUUGGAAUUUGUGGUGUCAAUACAAGCUUAGGUUACAAAGGUAUAAAGUGGGAAUGUACUUCAUGUUUUUGCUUAACACAGAUCACGAUGCCACCUUGCAUUCUAAUGCCAAAGCAUUGUGGAAUAGAUCAGUGGUUUCCAGACCUUUUCCCCUAUGGACUACUUGAACAUGGCUGUGGGUAUUAGUGGACUGAUUCUUCUGCCUGUUGUAGCAAUUGUAAUAUGCUGUGUUACAUGCUAUAUGAUUUUUAUUUUGUUUCUUUAUUGCUUAUAAUAUUUCUUAUAUAUUGUUUACAAUAUGAAUUUCAUAGAAUUCAAAUUGUAAUAUGUUAAAAUACAUUAUAAGAAACAAAAGCAGCACUAGAAUUAAACUGGAAUACAGAUUAAUUUGACCCUCAUGAAGAUACCAGUUGCAAAAAUGCUGCAGUCCUUCAGAUCCAUCCAACUUUUAAAUACACUUGAUUUGUGGCUUGAAUAGUUAGCAUUUAAAUUCCAUAUACAGAGAAAAUGUAUGACACCCAGAUGCAUGUUUUCCACUUCUCACAGAUGAACGCCAGGAAUUGAAAACAGUGCCCGCUGUGUCAUAAAGAACUAUAUAAGCAUACAUUUUCAAUUAAAAACUCCUGUGUAAUAGCAAAUAACUUCAUAAGAGAAAUCCAGAUGCUACAGGAUUUUUUUGAAAACUGGAAAUAGUAUGUUUCUCUGGAUCCCAUCAUGUUGCACAUAUGGAUUUUCUCAACUGCACUUUUUGUCAGAUGAUAGAUUGCUUAGUUUUCCAUGGUGCAUAUCUGAAAAGCUGUAAUAGUUGCUCCAGGACAAUUAUAGUAUUUUGCUCCAGUACACUUUUAUAGUAUUUUGCUUGUACUAGUAAGUGAAGGUUUUUGCUAGAUAUUUUGAUAGGAUAUGCUGCUAUUGGCUUCCAUAUCACUGUAGUAUAUUGCUCCAAUAACAGCCUCAUUAUAACAAUGCCAAUUUUAUCCAAUUGAUACAAUUAUUAAUGCCAAUUAUUCAAAUGUCAAAUUAUAAAGUUUAAUUAAACUGGCCCCCUCGCAUGCUAGAGUUGAUAAGUUCAUUCUUCUACAUUUUUUCUGUGUUCCAAAAUUUUAAUAAUUUUCAUUCCUUUCCAUUCAGAUAUAAAUACCCCUUAUAUAACAGUUAUAAUCUUGUGAUUUCAAUUCGUGUUGGUAUAAUAGGUAAUUUAUAAAGUUUCAAGUGAGGAACUUUAGCUGCAAUCAUUAUUCUUUCCUGUGUGUGACAUUUACCCCCACGAUGUCUUUCCAUCCAUAUAUGGUGUUGUAUCCUUUAUUUCUGCAACUGUUGAUGGUUCCAGUCAAGUCUUGGGAGAAAUUGUUAUCUCAGAGUUUUCAAAAGUCACUGCAUCGCUUUGUCCCGUGAUUCAGUUUCUAGUAAACAAGCCAUCUUUGCCAUUUUUCCAGCCUAGAAAGAACGGUCUGUAUCCAGACUGCAGUUAGUUAAUCCAAAAACUUCUAUUCUUGCAACUGGUAGACUCCUUUCCUCCCUGCCACUGAUUUAUGGCCAUUUAUCCUUAUCUCAAACAGAUUCCUUUGUGGGUAAUGGAGGUUAGGGUGCAUUUUGCGCUAUAUUUUCAAAGCAUAGCCUUUCUUCCCUGGUUCCCUCUCAGUUCCUUUUUCUCUCACACACAGUUUCAAUUUUGUUAAAUUCCAUAUUAUAUUCCAAUCUCUUCCAUCCUCACUUGUGCAAAUAUUUAAAAAUAAAACUUCCAUUGUGGGGUGGGGUUGCUGUAUCAUAAAUGUAGAGAAAAACCUUAAGUAAGCAAACUGUGGGCUCCCCUCUCCGCAUUGUCUCUUUCACCAAAUGAAAUCGGCUCUCAAUCCAAACCUUUCACAUCCUUGUAGCUAGGUUGUUUUCGCAGUUUCUUAUCUCAUCGUCUCUGGCAUGUGCCUGUAGUUUUCUCCAAUUAAAAUCCAGUUAACAGCAUAACCUGUGUUUCCAGGAAUGGGAUGGGGGUGUGUGUUUGUGGCAGCCAGAGUGCUCUGUGCACCCAGUACCUUUGCCUACCCUUGCAUUCCAUGGGGAAGCGAGUGCCAGACCACCAGGCAAACUGCGGGUGAGAGCCUGGUUCCUCUUCCAACUGAAGAGGAAUGCAGAUAAUGAAAUCCCCUUAUCAUCAUCUGAUUAUCUCAGUCUGCUUCUCUCCUGUGGUGUUGGGAGAGACCCCAUUCCUGGUGCACCGGAAUCAGGAAGUUAUAUCACUAUGAUUCUUGAUCCUAAUUCUCCUCUUUGGCACAGAGAUGGAAUACAGAAUAAUUGCCAUACCACAUACCACACAGUAAUGUACUGAGUGAAUUGUUGAAAGAUUGGUGCGGCUAAUACUGGCUCUCUAGGUGUACCUGUGCCAUACAUUAGUACAUUUGCCUAAUUCACAAAUUGCAUUCUUUUUAGAAGUAAACCUUUAAAAUGCUGUGAGUGAAGUGGUUUAAUAAAGGAAUAUGAAUUGACAUUCUAAACUCUAUUUCUCUUUUAAAAUGCAGGCUAAAUCAUGACCCAAAUAAUAAUACAUUAUUUCAGUAUUCACAAUUUUCGUGCAUUGAAUAUGCCACGUUUUGAGCUUCUGUUUAUCUUUAUUUAUCUGCUAAAGGAAGAUGACAUGGAUAAGAAUGCAUUUGGAAUUCUCAUUCUAGAGCAAACAGGGUUAUUUCAAAGUAUUGUGUUUUGAAAUUUCUGAUACUGGUUUCGUAAGGAACCUACAUAAACAAAUUAUGGCUGUUCCCUUCAAAACAUUAAUCAAUGCGACCCAGGACAUCUGCUGUUUGCCACUUGUAAUUUUUCAAAGGAGAAAAGAUUAGACAUGUGGCUGCUUUUCAUACCACAUAUGAUAAGCAUGUGUUUCUUUCUUGGGAAACUGUUAUUGGAAAACUGUUAUUGGAUUGCACACUUCUGUCCUUAGUCUCUGAACCUUUUUUAAGUAUAUAUAAAAAAGAGGUACUGCUAGGGAACUUUUAAGAUGAGGGCCUUUUCACACAAUAUAGAUUUCUGUAAGUUACUGCUUUUGUGUAGAUGAGCUCCUCAAACACAUGAUAAAUGCACCCUUCUCUUUAAUAGGCUGCACAUUCCUGCCACAUUUUUGUGCAGUAAAAUACAACUGAAUGUUAAACUCUUAUCAGUGUUGUUUUGUACCAAAGCAUUAUCUGUCUAGAUAAACCUUCUUGCCUGAGGCAGCUUAAAUUUGAGAUCUGAAUUUGGGAAUAAAUAUCUCACAUCAUUUCUGUUUAUCAUACUAUCAAUCAAUCAAUCAAUCAAUCAAUCAAUGAGCCAGUUAUCCUUGAUCAAAUUCCGCUCACUUUAGUAGGAUUAUAUGUGCAGAAUUGCUCGUUCCGGUCCUUAAUGUUGAAAAAUGGGCCUUCUGCAAUGAAUCAAUCAUAUGCUUUCCAUUUUUAAAUUGGCAGUGCUUUCUAAUAAACUGUGAAAGAGUGUUAAAAUAGAAAACACUGUUUUGAAUUUGAUUUGCCUUUUCUGCUAUGCUGAAUGACUAUUCAGACUCAGGCAGCCAAAUUCUCUACUGUAGUUGGUCUAGCCACCAACUACCUCUGGUGUUAAAGAUAGGAAGACAUGAAGUUCUACCCCACAUGCCAUUGUUAUUUCCUGCAGAUUCCUUACUCCUUCUUGCUAGUGCAACACUGGCAAUUUGGUUGACAGUGCAGGCUGCUGAACCUGGGAGGGUGAUGCAUGGGUUCAAAUAGCUGCUUAUGCCUGAAACUUGCUGGGCAAUACUGAGUAAAUCAUUACCCUACCUCAAAGGGUUGUUGUGAGGAUAAAUUUGGAAAACAGUGGAGACUUGAUUCUGUCUCCCUAAUAUUUAUCUACAAAUUGACAGGUUGUUCAGUUAUUCUGAGGAUUUAUGCACUAAGUAAAUCAAGCUAAGGCUGAUUUCAGAAAGCUUAAGGCACUACUGGGUCAGAAAUACUCAAGAGAAGGGAGUCCUAGAUGAAUGGGUCUGCUAAUGAAGGCACAAAAGCAGACAAUUCCAACAAGAAAGAAAAGGUUGAGGCAUCUCUUCUUUGUUCUUCUUUGGCGAUCACUUGUAGCCGAGUAAGAUUGUCUUCCAUAAACACGGUUUUAACAAUGAGUCCGUAAGUGACUGUGGAGGCCAGUUCUGGAUCUACACGUCCUUCCACAGUGGGGACACUGGUUUCCGGGAGGGAGCUGAUCAUGGUGUGGAUUUGCCAAGCGUGCCUUCCUCCUAGCACGUUUCUCCCUUGCGUCCUGAGUUCGAGUGUCUUCAAAGCCCAUGACACCUUUGGUAAAGGCUGUUCUCCAACCGGAGCGCUCGCAGGCCAGUGUUUCCCAGUUGACAGUGUUUAUACUACAUUUUUAAAGAUUUGCCUUGAGACAAUCUUUAAACCUCUUUUGUUGACCACCAGCAUUACGCUUUCCAUUUUUAAGUUUGGAAUAGAGUAGUUGCUUUGGAAGACGAUCAUCUAAAGAAACUGGUGUGGCCGCGUAAGGAGCUUACCGAUGAGCUGAGAGUUAAGAAGGGCAUGUGUAAGAAAUGGAAGAAAGGAGGAGUAUACACGAGUAGUAAACAAUUGGAGGGUGAAUGCCAGGUGGGCUAAAACUCAGAAUGAGCUCAGGCUUGCAAGAGAGGUUAAAAAUAAGUUUUCUAUGUUCGAAGCAAGAGGAAGAACAAACAAGUGGUAGGUCCUCUGCAUGGAGAAGAUGGAGAAAUGCUAUUGGGUGACAAACACCCACUUUGCCUCUGUCUUCACCCAAAAGGAAAGCAAUGCCCAGCCUCGUGAUAGCAUAAUAAACUGAUGUAUGGAGGGAGCAAUUCUGUUAUUCUAUGAUUAAAUGUGGCAUGGUUGCUGGUAUAAUAUAGAAUCGUAGAGUUGGAAGGGACCUGAGGAUCAUCUAGUCCAACCUCCUGCAAUGCAGGAAUAUGUAGCUGCACCAUACAGCUAUUGAACCUGCAACCUUGGUGUUAUCAUUCUCUACCAUUCUUUAGCCAACUGAGCUAUCCAGGCUUAUACAGUAUACGUGCUUAUUUGUAGGGAAUGGGAGUUAACUAGAAUAAUAAGGGUGGGAAAGUGUUAUAAAUGUGCCAGCCCGCUGAUGUGUUGGAAUCAGUAAGCAUGUGUUGUUUAUUGGGCAGUGUUACUCAAUGACAUUGGUAUGCCAAGUUUUCCUCUUCACAUGCUCUGCUGCAUUAGCAACAUGCUGACAGACUGCUAGCUGGUUUAUAUUUUCAUUCCUUCCUACCUUUUUUUUUAUUCCAAAGCUUCAAGGCGAGUAACAUAUUUAAAAAGGAAUUUAGGUAUACAAUAUAAUUGAAUUCAAAUAGAUUCCUUCCUCAUUAACUCUUGCUGCCAAAUGGGCAGCUGCCAAUCUGCUAGAGGCUGAACAUUUUCCAGAAGCACCACAAACCUUUCCACCCUUUGUUUUCUCUCCCUAUUAAGUCGAAAAGACUUCUAAUGGCCAGUGCUUGAUGCCUGGACAUUUUAAUUCCCUGCUGUUUUGUGGGUUCCUGGCAUGUUUUAAACUUUACUAUUUUAGCACAGACGGUUUGGUGUAACUUCCAAGGGGUCAGGCCAAAUGAGGCAAUUUAAUUAAGCAAUGACAAACCUAGACAGCAUCUUAAAAAGCAGAGACAUCACCUUGCCAACAAAGGUCCGUAUAGUAAAAGCUAUGAUUUUCCCAGUACAGUGGUGCCCCGCAAGACGAAUGCCUCGCAAGACGGAAAACUCGCUAGACGAAAGAGUUUUCCGUUUUGGAGGUGCCUCGCAAAACGAAUCUGCUAUGGGCUUGCUUCGCAAGACGAAAAUGUCUUGCGAGUUCCUGGGUUUGUUUUUUCCUUUCCCCCCUCUUUUUCUAAGUCGCUAAGCCGCUUAUCUGCUUAUCCGAUAAACUGAUAAGCUGCUAAAAGCCGCUAAAAGCCGCUAAAAGCCGCUAAUAGCGCUAAUCCGCUAAUCCGUCAAUGGGCUUGCUUCGCAAGACGAAAAAACCGCUAGACGAAGAGACUCCCAGAACGGAUUCUUUUCGUCUUGCGAGGCACCACUGUAGUGAUGUAUGGAAGUGAGAGCUGGACCAUAAAGAAGGCUGAUUGCUGAAGAAUUGAUGCUUUUGAAUUAUGGUGCUGGAGGAGACUCUUGAGAGUCCCAUGGACUGCAAGAAGAUCAAACCUAUCCAUUCUUAAGGAAAUCAGCCCUGAGUGCUCACUGGAAGGACAGAUCGUGAAGCUGAGGCUCCAAUACUUUGGCCACCUCAUGAGAAGAGAAGACUCCCUGGAAAAGACGCUGAUGUUGGGAAAGAUGGAGGGCACAAGGAGAAGGGGACGACAGAGGACGAGAUGGUUGGAUAGUGUUCUCAAAGCUACCAGCAUGAGUUUGACCAAACUUUGGGAGGCAGUGGACUAAACAACAACAAAAUUAUGCAAUAAAAGGCUGUUCCAACUAAAGGGCUUGAUUUCCAUAUAGAAAAUGGUGUUAGGGAAAGGGUUAACUCACCCCAGCAGCUGCUUUUAUGCAAAGGGAGAAAAAAACUUGGGAGAUAUGUGACUCUCCUGUUUCAUGUUUUUUUUUUCAGCCAAGUGGUGUUACCCACAUGAAGGAACUUAAAAGUUUCCCUAGCCAUUGAAUUAUGUCAAGCAUACUCUCUCCCAGGCUGUAGGUGGUUAAAAUCUUCUUGUUUUGCAGACCAGGGGAAGGUAUAUAAUUGUUCUGGAAAUGGGUAUUUUUGUGUCCAAGUUGAUGGUCUUAACUUUGUGUGUAUUUCCUUUAUUUUGGUUUUGCUGAGUUCUACUGUUCUUGAUUUUUAAUUGAAAAUAUAUUUGAGAGCAUAGUUUAUGACAGGGAUGGCGAACCUUUUGCAGCCUGACGGCUGCAUUCCUACAUGGGAGACCUUUCAGGGACCAUAUGCUAGUUCUGGGCAGGGCCAGAUUCAAAAUAUAUGACACUCGCCUUUGUAUAGUAGGCUACAUUCCAGUCACAAACAGGUUGGCUUUCUACACACCCACAAAAUCUCUCCAUCCAUCCAUCCAUCCAUCCAGGCAACUGAGGUAUUAUCACAGUUCCAGGACACAUUCCCACCUCUACCCUGGCAGAAUCACUCAAAAGGAGGGCCUGGAACAGAGCCAGUAAAGAUUGUGGCCUGGGGAGGAUCUGGGCAGCCACAUUUGGCCCCUGUGACUAAGGUUUCCUACUUGUGCUUUACUAAGCAGGGUGGAUAUCUGAAUAGAAAUAAAAUACGAGCCCAUGUUGCUACGUGACUGAAGUCUUGGCGAACACUGAGUUAUUCCACAUUAUGCAGAGUGUGAUAAUAAAGAUUAUCUGAAUGCCUAUUUGAAAUACUUAGGGUGUAAAGUCCCUUUGGAGGAGGAAGAUGCCAGCUGUGUUCUUUGUAAAGCACUACGUACAUAGAUGGUUCUAUAAAAAUUCACUAGUAGUAAUAAACAUUGCAGAUGUUUAUAACAAACAUUUAAACAUUCCUUCCUGCAAGACCCAGUUCUCACUGAAGUAGUAGAACUGCAAGUGUGUCUCGCAUGAUUGUUCUUUGACAUGAAGAUUGUUCCAGGCACAUAGAAAAUUAGUUCUAGCAGAUAGAUUGAUGAAGAUGUCAACCUAGGGUGUGGCAGCUGUGGAAAAUGUGAAUUCCGAGUUAGGAAUCAUUAGUCACAGGAAUGAAAAUGAAACUGUCAAUAUCAUAAUGCGGUUAUACAAAUCUUUGGUGAGUUUUGAACACCAUCCUGGAAAUACUGUGCACAUUUCUGGUACAUUUCUUACCUCUAAAAGGAUAUCAUAGAUCUAGCAGAAGUUCAGAGAAGAUCAACCAAAAUGAUCAAGGGAUUGGAGCAAUUCUCCUAUGAAGAAAGGUUACUGCAUUAACAGCUUUUAGUCUGAGGAAGGAAGGUGAGUAAAGGGGACAUGAUAGAGUUGUAUAAAAUUAUGCUUGGCAUAGAAAAAUUGGAUACGGAGGCAUUUCUCUUCCUCUCUUGUAAUCGUAGAAACGGGUGCCAUCAAAUACAGUACUGAAUGUUAGUAUAUUCAUGGCAUCCAAAAUAAAGUGCUUUUCCCACACGCUGCACAGUUAAAUGCUGGAAUUCAUUCCCAGAAGAUGUUGUGAUUGCCAUUAACUUGGAUAGCUUUAAGAGAGAUUAGGCAAGGUCAUAGAGGGUAAGACUAUCAGUGACUACAACAAUGAUGGCUAUUUUCUGUCCUCCACUGUCGGGAGGCAUUAUACCUCUGAAUACCAGAAAUCACAAGUGGGGAGAAUGCUGUUUCACUCAGGUCCUGCUUGCAUGCUUCCCAUGGGCAUUUGCUUCUUCACUGUGAGAACAGGAUGCUGGGUUUUGACCUGAUCCAGUAUAGCUUUUCUUACAUUCUUGCCCAAAUCACAGCACACUGGUAAUGCUCAACAAGAUACAAAGCUGUUUUGAUCAUUAUUCUCUCCUGAAUAAAUUGUGUGUGUGUGUGUUUGUUUUGGAGAGGGUUGUAUGUUCUCUGUACAGAUUUUGUGACGCGAAAUCAUAGUAUUAGAAAUGUUACAAGAAGCCCUAAAGUGCAGUAUUGAGUUUUGCAUUAAAAUUGGUUAUGAGAGUGAUGUAAUUUUGAGUCACCUUAGAAUGUAAUGAACACUCACCCUUUGGAGCAGACUGUUGAAUACUCAGAGGCGUCAAGGAAACACAGCUACCAAGGGACAUACGAGGCUUAAUUCAUAGUUCUGUGAACUCCUUUUGCUCUCUGUGGUAGAAUUUGACAUCACAGUUAUACCUAGAAUUGGAAUUGCUCCAGGCCAGGUUUCAGUGCUCUGCUGCUUUACUUGAAAAUGUCUUUAUUGUAAAGGGGAUCUUCAUAAAACAAAAAAACCAGAAUGUUAAACUACUACAUAUGACUUUAAAAUUAUAACGGUAGAACAGUACAAUGGAAGUGGUAGACUCCUCACCACUAAAGGAAGUACUUGUGACAAAGCACAUAAUGAACCUGGGGAAUUUGCUGCCACAAAUGUAGAAGGGGACUGGAAAAAUCAUGUACAUGUCAGACAGAUAUUAACAGCCUUUGGCUAUAAAAGGAACCAACCAUGCUCAGAGUCAAAAACCAGACUGGACUAAAUGGAUAUUUUUGUACAUCCAGCAGGACAGUUAAUAUGUUCGUGUGCAGAUUUAAAGUGCUCUCACAAUAGUCUCUUAAGCACACUUUAUCUGUGCUUCUAAUUUAAAUAUAAAACCUACUUUGGCUAUAAUAUAGAAUACAUUUUAAAACAGCUUUUUCAUGUCUCCCCUGUUAACUGCAUAUACAACUUAAGGGAAACCACAUGCAUGUAGCCAUUGAAAAGAGGCCUACUUAGGUGAGCUAUUCCCAGCCAGCUUACAAUGUUUGCAAAUACUUGACUUCCCGUGUGGCUUUUUGUUAUUUUAAGGUUCCCUUGGGACAAGUUCCCCAUAUCUGCUUCACAUUUACUUGCUUUUCUCUUCCCUGCCCAUUCUUCCCCACCUUUUUUUCUAUCAUGUCUGUGGAAUUGGAAAUGUGUGGGCAGGAACAUCUUUUAAUGUUCUGUGCAGCACCUAAUCAUUUAUUAUAAAGCACUUAAUUAUUAUUUUUUAACAUCAACUACAUUGUGAAUACAAAGUGAACUAGAGUACGGUGAGGUUUACUUUUGCUGGUGCAAACCCAUUUAAAAUGAGUUAAUUCUGAAGUGGUCUCCUGCCAUGAGAAAGCAGCCAAAUGAAAUGUUUGCCAUGUAAAUUCCCCUUCAACUCUUGACACAAUCUGAGUAACCAUUUCCUUCCAAGUCCUCUUCCCUCACGGCUGGUUGACAGUUAUUCCCUCAAGUUGGCAGUUGGAACCAGGGUGGAUAAAAAUCAAUGAUUUUUUUAAAAAUUUUUUUUUUAAAAAAAUCGGUUUUUUUUAAAAAAAUCAGAUUCUUUUGAUUUAAAUUGGAUUUUUAAAAUAAAAUGCUUUUGGAGGAAAAAUCUUUCUAAAGAUAGUUUUCUAUUUAAGUUACGUUAUAGUCCAAAGGCUAUUCAUCAGGAAAUAAGGAUUUAAGUUUUUCACAUGAGCUAAAACUCAGUAGUCUUUUUUUUAAUCAUUUAACCACAUCAGUUAACAUGGAUACAUAUGCUAUAAUGUUAUUGUUUUAGUUAAAUAAAUUGUUUAAAUUGUUACUAAUGAUUAUUUUUCUCGUUCCAAUAAAGUACAGCAGAAAAGUUGUGCAAAUAUAAACAGUUAACUUAUUAAAUUUCAUAAUUAUCUGUCUAUUUCUGAUAGUAUAACCAAUUCAGUAAUUUGUGAUAUAACUGUAAAAACUACUCUGAAAAUGUAUUAUUCCAAAAAUGAUACCUUCAUCUGGUUGUAAAUAUUAAGAUUAUACCAGCAAGAAUGAGUCUUUCUGUAAAAAAAAUGAUUUAAAUCAAGUCUUACUGACUAGUGAUUUAAAUCAAGUCUUACUGACUAGUGAUUUAAAUCAUGAUUUAAAUCAAAUCCACCCUGGCUGGAACUGACAGUUACUCCCUCAAGUUGGCAGUUGGAACUGACAGUUACUCCCAUGAGGUGUUGUUUAGCAAUGGUGGAGGAAGGGCAAGACGCCUUCUUUGAGAUGUCGCUUAGCAAUGGCGGUAGGGAGUUAAUGAGGAAGAGAUUAAAAAAUAAAGAGCAAGGUCCUUUCUGCACCAUACAUUUAAAGCAGCAUUGCACCACUUUAAACAGUCAUGGCUUCCCCAAAGCAUCCUGGCAACUGUAGUUUGUUAAGCAUGCUGUGAGGAGACUCCUGUCAGUGGUGGAGCGUAUCUAAAUAGCGCCAGGGUCAGGAGAAUGGGCGGCAGCAUUGCCACUAAUAGCCUCAUCGUGCUUCAAGAUUUUGUGCUCAUCUAGACUUCUGCUUGUCUUGCCGCUUUCCUGCCGGAAAAAACCCACUCUUUAGCGCUGAAUCAAAGCAAACGCCAAUCGUUUUUUCCAGUCGUUUCUCCGAUUUAGUGGUAAAGAGCAAGUUUCCCCUGGGGAAAACCUCUCAGACUGUGGUUUCUAGGCGUUGGAUAAGCAGAAGCAUGGAUGAGCCCUCAGUCAAAGCCACCUUUUAAAGCCACCCAAGGAGACCCAUAUUUCAUAUUCCCCUCACAGGAUUUGUGGCUUUGGCAAUCAAUUCCUCUUUCCAGGGAACUCUGGACAGCUCUUGAGCAGCUUUUAUUGCAGUCCUGUGCAUUUAUGUUCUGGAGUAAAUCUACAGUAACUGUGUUGAGUGGCCUAGUAUAUGUGUUUAGGAUUGCAACCCCAGAAUCUUUUCCCCCCUUUUAAAUGCAGAUUACUUCAAAAUGUUUUACCACUUCACACCUUCCCCCCUCAGUCCACCUAGAACAGUUACAAAAUAGUUGGUGCAACUAGGAAUUGCUCUGGAUAAGUGUCUAACUGUAGAAUUGCUCAUUAAUACCAAGGGCAGAUGCACUAAAUGCCGUAACAAAUCAGUGUCAAUGUUCAUUUUUGGAACUUAUUUUUAGAACACAUCUAUGGCCUUUUUGUGACAAAGACAAUUCCAGAAUCACACGGUAUAUUCUGGUUCUUUAUUUGCUGUGGUUAACUUCAGUAGCUGAUUUUUAGCUCGGGUGCUUCACAAGAGAACAAAAAUAAAGAAAUGUUCCCUUCUCACUUUUGCCCACUGUGCUACAAAAAGUAUAGUUUCAAUUGUUUUCUGAGAUCCUGGCUGCCGAAAUCAAAAUGCAGUCAACUUCUGCCUUCAGCUGUUGCCACACAGCUGUUUCACAUUGCUGAUUGUAAUAUCUCCCAUUGAAUUAUUAUGCCAAAGCCACAAAUGCUGAAAAUUAUCCCCAUUACUCCCAGUCUGAUUACUAUUAGGGCAUCACCAAUAACAUGUUGUUUUUUUAAAAAGGGUUUUAAAACUAAAAUUAUUCUUGUUCCUUUGCGCUCAAAUAUUGAGUUGUCAUUUUGUAGUGUGGAGCAACCUGUUGCUUUUGGUCCGCCUUUAAGAAUUAGUAAUGUGGUAGGUUUCUUUUUUUAUGUGUAAAGUCUACAAAAUCUAUUUUCCUCUGUUGAACUGGACAGCGGCUUAGUCUCAGACUCGUCAUUGUUGACUGACACUCUUCUGGAAUGUCAGGAGCCAUAAUAAUGUCCUUUGCAAUGAAAAUGCUGCUGUGUAAAGGACAGUGAGAGUGUUCUCUUAUAGCCUGCUAAUUGCCGGUGAACAAUAGUUGUUUCCUUAAUGGACCGUUAAGCAGAUGUUAAACUAAAAAAAAAAAAAGCAUGGGAAAAGAAACCUGAAGCCACAGCUGUCUCUAGAGGUCCCUUUGGGCAUUCUUUGAACACACAGAGAAAACAUCUUUGAUGUCGUGGAGCUGGCUCUGCAUAUGUGGGAGGGGUUCUCCUUCUGGUGACUGACAGUUCUGAUAAUACUAGCAUUGCCUAUCUGUGCACCUAUCUACUUCUCACUGGCGUAUGUAAAGGAACACCUCCUUUAAAAAUACAAACUUCCGGUGGACUUUAAAGUGGUUCUGGAGCUUCCUUCCAGGGCUGGCCCUCCCAUGAGGCAGACUGAAGCAGCUGCCUUGGACGGUGGAAUCCCUGGAGUCGCUUGGCAGCAGCUUCACUUCAAAGUCUUGCAAUAAUAAUAAUAAUAAUAAUAAAAUCAUUUAUACCCUGCCCACCUGGCUGGGCUUCCCCAGCCACUCUGGGCGGCUUCCAACAAAAUAUCAAAAUACCGUAAUACAUCAAACAUUAAAAGCUUCCCUAAAGAGGGCUGCCUUCAGAUGUCUUCUAAAUGUCAGGUGUUGUUUAUCUCUUUGACAUCUGGUGGGAGGGCGUUUCACAGGGCGGGUGCCACUACCGAGAAGGCCCUCUGCCUGGUUCCCUGUAACUUGGCUUCUCACAGCGAGGGAACCGCCAGAAGGCCCUCGGCGCUAGACCUCAGUGUCCGGGCAGAACAAUGGGGGUGGAGACGCUCCUUCAUUUAGGGCUUUAAAGGUCAGCACCAACACUUUGAAUUGUGCUCGGAAACAUACUGGGAGCCAAUGUAGGUCUUUCAAGACUGGUGUUAUGAGGUCUUGGCAGCCGCUCCCAGUCACCAGUCUAGCUGCCGCAUUCUGGAUUAGUUGUAGUUUCCAAGUCACCUUCAAAGGUAGCCCCACGUAGAGCGCAUUGCAGUAGUCCAAGCGGGAGAGAACCAGAGCAUGCACCACUCUUGCCAGGCAGCCUGCGGGCAGAUAGGGUCUCAGCCUGCAUACCCUGGAAAGUGAGGCUUUGGUGGGGGCGACACCUUCCUAUUUCACCUCGGGUGGUGAAACGGGAUGGGCCACACUUCUUUCUACUAUGCAGAAGUGGGCAGCACGGGACAGUUUUGUAUCAGAGAUUUAUGUAAGUUAAGCAUCCAAGGAGAAAAAAGUUAACGGAGAUUUAUUACCUGCCUUGGGAAGGCUGUAUUUAUUUAAAGAUAGAAAGGCAAUAUACACAUGUUGUAGGUUUUUUAAUACAUAUAUAUCUAUCUCGUAUAUUUCCGCGUAUAAGAUGCCCCCAGGUAUAAGAUUCCCCCUAUUUUUUGAACUCCAAAUUAAGAAAACACCUCUCAGCACUACCCAUGUAUAAGACGAGCCCUAAUUUUAAAUCAAUUUUUUUGGGUAAAAAAACCUAGUCUUAUACAUGGAAAAAAACGGUAUAUAUAAUACGUUAGUAUUUGCUGAUUGGAUAUGGUGGUCUUUAGUAGUGUUGUCCAAUCUGCCCCUUGCAUGCUACUUUCCACUGACAUUUAACUUGUGCAAAACCUUGUUUAGGUUUCUGCAGAUGCCAAACUUACGUUACUUUCCAGCAUUACAUGCAAACCCUUUCACAUACUACCCACUGAAAACAACAGGAGGGUAAUUCCAUUAAAAUGUCAACCUACAGACCCAUUUUUCAUUUUCGUAUAUACUGAACGUGCUCUUUAUAAUCUUAAAGAAAACUUUCCAAAUUUCCAUCUGGUAAGCAGCUUUUCAAGACGACAUUUUACAUACAACUUAGAAUUUUUCUACUCCUCAAGUAUUGAUUUUUCUCUAGCAGCCCCCACUCUUUUUCUUGAAGUAUAUACAAGUUCCUACCAGUUUUCACUCAGAUGGGUCAAGGAGGGGGAGGCCCAGACUGAUGAGCCAGGCUGAACAGGUGGACUCAUUUACAAAUCCAAAACUUCACCUCCGGAGCCAAAGGCUUCUUACUUUGCCUCACAGGGUGACAGUACAAAUGUAGAAAUGUUGAAGGCAGUGUUGAACACAAAGUGUAAAUGGAUAUUUCACAUAUUUAAAAAUGAACACAGGGGAGGAUGCCCUCGUAGGAAAUAUGAUUAUCCUGAAAGAAAAAACAGAUGCUGAAGCAGUCACUGAAGUACUGGUUUCAGUUGGCAAAUUUGUUAUUGUUGAGUCUGAGAUGGAAAUUGAAAAGAAAAUGGUUGACGGUAUGAUGAUCUUGAAUAUGAAAUCCUUGUGUUAAAAAAUGGGACUCCUCUGACAUUUGUCUUCCUUGCAAAUGAAGAUGAAGAUUAGGUUGAAAAGAAACAAAUAGUUUGGGCACUGCCACAGCCAAGUGCAAAUUCCCAAGGGCAUUACAACUUCCCACAUGGACUCCGUGCAGAUCUGCAAUUUGUUAACACAUAGUAAAGCCUUAUAUGCAUGAGGCCUUUAUUUGUGUAUCUGUCAGUGAAUAGUCACUUGUUGGUCACAGGUCAUUUAUCGGAAAACUUUCUUUCCACAGUUUCCAGUAAACAUUCCUGUAACAUUGACACCUGCUCAUGAAACAUUAGCUGUUCAUGUAUUUUUUGCUGCAGGCAGAUAUACAGGGCGAGUCCUUUAAAAGAGGCCCUGUAGAUACAGAGUACACAUGUUCCAUGGGGCCUCUUUUAAAAGACUCACCAUGUGUGUGUGUGUAUACACACUUUUAGAGAAUACAGUGGACCGUCGGGUUGCGAAUGUGAUCUGUGCGGGAGGCACGUUUGCAACCCGCAGUCUUCGCAACCUGCAGUGCCGCAUCGGCACACGUGCGAUUUAGCGCUUCUGCACAUGUGCGACCACCGAAACCCGAAAGUAACCCGUUCUGGUACUUCUGGGUUUCGGCGGGUCCGUAACCCAAAAAAACGCAACCUGAAGCAUCUGUAAGCUGAGGUAUGACUGUACAGUUGUCUUAAGUUGCAGAUAAAUUCUCGAGGUUGCGAAAGUAUUGUGUUGGCCACAUCUUUCAAAACACAAUAAAAAUAAAGGAUUUAUACUUUGUUGGCAUACUUAUUCCUUAUAUUUGUAGGGAAGAUCAAUCCAGCUAACACACAAACAGUUUAAUGUUAAUUGCAGUUCAAAUAAAAUUAGCUAAACACACAGAAUAUUAUGUAAAGAAGCUUAUAAAUGCCAUUACCCAGGAUUGGAUAGUUCCUGAGCCUUUGCUAAACUGCUGUGGUCUUCUGGGAGAUUUGCGUGAGAGAAUUAUACAGCACCGGGUUGUAUACGCAUUUGCUUCCAACUUUGCAUGAGAGAGAGACAGACAGAAGGAUUAAGAGUGAAUCAAUGUCUCAAGCUAUUAAAAGUAAAUAAUGGAAAGAUUACAGUUCUAAUCGCUACAGGGAAAAAGGGCAGGCAAAACAGACAGCGGAUAAUCCUUUUUGGAAGCUACUAGUUCUGCCUAACUGUUCAGAGACAGACAUCAUUUGACGUUUUACAUGCAAAUUGUAAUGUUGGUGGUUCUCAGACAUUUUUGAGAAAAAUAAAAUUGGAUGAGUUUUAAGCCUGCACAUCGUAAGCAGCAAAAGCUUUCCGUCCUCCUUGAAUGGGAAAGUUUAGUUUAUCUUUUAAAUUUAUUUAUUUUGAAAAAGUCUAAAGUGUACUUGCAUCCUAAAAAUAGAUUUCAGGGUGGUGUUGUGGUUAAGGACAGUAGCCCCAUGGUUUGCUUUGGGUUUAGUUUCCCAAGUCUUAGUUGAUGCAGAUUUGAUUAGUCUUACAGUCUUUGAUCAGUUUUGCAUGUUUUAUUUUUUAUCUUAAAGGGUAUAACAGCGUGGCAUCCUAUGUGGGCAGGUCCACCUGUUCAUGCUUUAAAUAAAACAUUUGAAAGUGCAAUCCUAUGCAUAUCUGCAGAGAGGGAAGUCCCAUUGAGUUCAAUGUUGCUUCUGGGUAAGUGGAUUUUGGAUUGAUUGAGAAAAAGGACAAGUUUCUGAAAUAGAUUGAAGAAGAAAAAAUGAAACUGCAUCGCUUCUGUUAGAGACAGUGGUGACCACUAACCUAGAUAGACAAAUCCAUGAUGGCAAUGCAAAUUCAUGAUGGCAAGGCUUCUGAAUACCAGUUGCUGGAAACCACAACAGGGGAGAGCGCUCUUGUGCCUGAAUCCUGCUUGUGAGCUUUUGACAGGCAUCUGGUUGGCUACUGUGAGAACAGAUGCUGGGCUAGACUGGCCAUUGGCCUGAUAAACAGGCUCUUCUUAUGUUCUUAUUGCCAUUUAUGUACCAUAUUUUCCUCCAAGGAGCUCAAGUCAGUGUACAUGAUUCUCCACUACCCAUUUUAUCUUCACAACAGCCCUGUAAGGUGUGUUAGGCUAAGAGGCAGUGACUGGCCCAAGGUCAUCCAUUGAACUUCAUGGUUGGAUGGGGAAUUCGAACCCUGGCCUCCCAGAUCAUAGUCCAACACUCUGUCUAAUGGUCCUUUUAAAGAGGAUUGAAUGGCUUCAUGGAAACUAGUAGCCAAAAUAAUGAAAAAUGGCAUAUUCAGGGGCAGUACACUCCUGAUUAUCAGAUGCAAGAUGUAAACAAUCCAGAAUGGCUGUUUCCAUCAGGCCAUGUUUGUGAAUGACAUAAAUGGACAUUCACAGGUGGCUGGCCAAUAUUAGAGCUAAAAUGCUGGACUGGGUACCAGUUUGGUCUAAGGUGUCUUGAGGCAUUUAAUACUGGUGUACAUUUAUUCAUGCUGCUGAAUAUUAAAAUGCAGAAGAGUAAGUACUAACUCCCAUAUGCUGUGUUUAUUGCUGCAGAAAAUGCUCUGCGUUAUUUCACAUUCUCUACCUCUAUAUUGAUGUUUAUUGAUGUCCUUCUUCCCUUCCUUAUUGCGGGAAGGUCUGCUUUGUUUUAAGAGGCAGAAAUUAAUUUCUCGUGCCUUGUUUUUGACCCAAACAAAGGAGAAGAGGGGGUUGGGAGAGAAGAACAUUUUUCUUGUGUGCUUGUGUGUGUGUUAAAGAAAUAGAUGGAAAACAAGUGGCUUGGAGAGCGAGAAAAUAUUUUGUACUACCUUCCUUGGAGCUGAGAUUUCUAGUGUAGCAUUCAGUUCAGUUCAUCUGAAUAAAGUUUGAAUAUUUUAGAAUUUUGUAUGGUUCUAUAUUAAACAACAUUUAUGCUGCAUAAAUUUAGAAUUUCCCUCCUUUUUUCUUUGUGUGUGUGUGCAAAACUAGAGAAAAUAAAACUUAAUUUUGAUCAGACUGAUUGCUGUACUAUGUGGGGGAAAACAGGAAAUGAGACACACAGCCACCCAAUGCCUUUGAGAUGGGGAAUUUUACUAGUCAUACACAUUGGUGCGAAACCCUAUUAAUUUUUCUAGGAUUAGUGUUAGUGCUCUGCAAAUUCUUCCCCACUCCCAUUUCCACUCUAAUAAAUUUUUCGGUAGUUUUGUUGACCCAUUGCUUUUCACGGUCAGGCUAAUAUUUACGGGCACUUGGGGAGGAGCACAUAAACCUAAAACAUGUAAUAUAAAAUUCCCUGUGUUCCCUUCCCUGUGUUUGGCUUAAAAAAAUAAUUGUAAUAAGUGAGAGUUGACUUUUUCAGUGUAGGCUGAAGCCCAAAAGGAUUGCGCUGGAGUGCAAUUACUUACCAAUUUAUUCACAGUUAGCCCAUUUAAAUUGCUUAAUUUUCUCUAUUGCUGUAACUUUUCCAUGAUUUUACACUCCUCUUCCUCCUUUCUCUUCUGCCUGUUUCACUUAAUGCCUUCUUAUCUACUUCCAUUUAUUUUUGCAAAUACAUGUCUUCUGUACCAAUCUUUCAGGCCAUUCCUAGGCCUUCAUGCAACCUCCUACACUUUCAGCUGUCAAACUCCUUCCUCCUCUUUCUUUCCUUCCUAAUUCCUCUUCUUCAGUCAUCGGAUUUCUGUAACCGCUAUAGCCAAUCAACGUUGCCAUUCUUUGUAUUCUUGUGUGCAUAUGUAAGCUUUCAGUGCUGUUUGGAUUAGCAUUGAAGACUCAUUUGGCAAUUCCAGCAGAAUGUAAUAAUUUUUGAUGAUUGAGCUCUUCUUGGACUCUCAAGCGGAGGAAGGAAAUGGUUCUGAUGACAUUGCUGGAACCAGUCUUGGGCAUUACUCAACAGUUACAUUUUCUCCCACCCUUCCUCCGAGCAUCUUAGAGCUCCAAUUUUAUCAUUGUUUUACUCCAAUGAGCUACAUGAUUCGGUGGGGACUCAUGACUCUUCACUGUCCCUUUUGGACAUAAUGCUAAAUGAGUUUGGAUUCUCCCUGAAGGAGUAUUGUAGGUGUGUGGUUUGGGGGAUGCUCCUUGAUCCAGUUCUGUCACUGGUGGUACAGUGGUACCUCAGGUUACAGACGCUUCACAUUACAGACUCUGCUAACCCAGAAAUAGUACCUUGGGUUAAGAACUUUGCUUCAGGAUGAAAACACUGGGAGGCCCCAUUAGCUAAAGUGGUACCUCAGGUAAAGAACAGUUUCAGGUUAAGAACGGACCUCUAGAAUAAAUUAAAUUCUUAACCCGAGGUACCACUGUACAGGUGUCCUUAGUGACUAGGGUAGAAUCUACACACAUAUAAAAACGGUUCUGAAAAUGCUUUUUUUAAAAAAGUGUUUUUAAAAAUACGUUGAAUUUUCCAUUAGGCUCACUAUCUAGUGUCACAUUGUAUAUUGCACUUAAAACACACUUAAAAUGUUUUAUUUUGCAGCUGCAUAGCAGCUCUAUAGCUGAGUCCUAGGAGUGGCUUUUUUUCUUAUUUCGGCAAGACAGUUGCGGUCCUUUCUGUAUCAGGAUAACUUGAUCAUAGUUGUUUGUGCACCAGUAACCUCAUGCUCUCUAUGUGGGGUUGGUUUGGAGGCUGCAAGUGGUGCAGAACAUGGUGGUUAGGUUGCUUGUGGGUGUAAGCUACCACUGGGCAUAUAAUUCCUUACUUUCAGAAUUUGCACUGGCUGCCAAUUUGCUACCAGGUUGAGGGUAUUGGUGCUAACAUAGUCUUAUAAUUCCCCCUGUAAGUCAAGGCCAGGUUACUUGAGAAACCGCUUUAUCUCUUAUAAACCCAGUAAAUUGCUGCGGUCUGUAGGAGAGUUUCUCCUGCAAAUUCUAAAGAUCUCAGAAGCCCACUCUGCCAGAAACAGUUCACAACAGUUUUGUUCAUUCAGUCUUUCCCAGCUGAUUGGGCUGGGUCUUUGCCCAUGAAGGUCCACUUGUCAGGGUUUUAGUCUUGUUUUAAAUUUAUUUGCUGUUACUGUGUUUUAACUUUUUAAUUAAUGUAUGUGUAAAUUGCCGAGAGACAGUGGUUUAGAAGGGAAUUAAUAAACUAAUUGUGACAAUAAGAAGAAACAAUAAACUAUGGCUUAGAAGCGUUACUAUCUACACCAGAGCUUUCCAAAAUUUUCAUGUUGGUGACACACUUUUUAGACAUGCAUCAUUUUGCGACACAGAAAUUCCGUUUUACUUGCAAGCCGGAGGUUAAACUAACCCCUUUCCAGCCCUGGGAGGAGUGUGGGGAGCAUUUGUGUGACACACCAGCACACUGCAGCCAACACACUAACGUGUCGCGACACACAGUUUGGAAAGCUCUGAUCUGCACUGUUCGUCUCCUUUUCUGAUACCUUUUGGCAUUUACUUAUUUAAGAGCACCAAAAUCUCUUAAGUGGUUUACAUAUGUGAUAAAUUAAAAUCACUGAUAAAAUCAGAUGUUUUAAAACAGGUUGAACAACUCUUCCCCCAAAAUAUAAAUAAAAGCAGCAGUGUUAACAAAUAUACACUAUAAAAUAAUGUUACAUAUUAAAAUACUGGUUAAAUUUACAUGUCUGGGUAGGCUUGCCUAGACAAAAAAGUUUUUACCAGGCACGGAAAACAGUGCAACAAAGAAACCUACCUACACUGAAGCGCUGGUUCAUUAUAAGUGUUUAACAAACAUUAUGUGGCUCUUGUAAAAGUGCCAGUUCUGAAGAUCAAAGCAUUUGAGUGGCAUAUAAUUGGUGAAUGAUGGUUUAUUGUUGCAGAAACAAGCCUCGUUGAGCCUUUGGUUUGCUCCUUCCUCCCCUUAUGAGGAGGAUUUUGGAAACUUUUGCUUCUACUUUUGCUUAACCGCACUUUAGCGUUAAGCCCAAAGCCAUGGUUUAUUAUCCUUGCUUAUUUGCCUAAACCACAUUUAAGGUUAACCAUACUUUGAGUUCAGUUAAUUGAAAACGGAAGUGAAAACUAACAAGUUUCUGUUUGCAGCCAUAUUGGAAGAAGUGCACAAGCCCAAAGUUAGUGCAUUUUAGCACUUAGCCAUAGUUUAGCAUUGUCUCCAAACCAGAUUACUGGCUGUGUCUCUUAAGUGAACUAGUGCAUGCAAAUUGAUUUGUGUGGUAUAGCUGAAAGCUGCAGCUACUUUCGUUAAGUAUGUAUGUUGACAUAAAAUGUAUUGUGAGGCCAUUUGGGGGGCUCUUACAUGAAUAGAUAGAUCCAUGUGGACUUUAUAUGCAGCUUCUGGCUUUUUCAGUUUUCGUUCUUCAAUUCAGAACUCUUAUUUUGUUGAGGCUGAAAGUGAGUUGUUGAAAUACGGGAGGGGAGGAGGGGAAAUCAUCUGGUUUAUUUCUUCAAUUUUAAUUAAAGUCAUUUGGCUAUCUUCCCCCUCUCUUCCAUAAUUCCACAGCAUGUCCUUAUUUUUCUCUUUUCUUUCCAGUCCGAUCGUCCCCACGCGAUUCUUACCAGGUCUGGAGUAGACUCCCUUUUUACACUCCAGGACGUAUUCCAAAAUUGUUUCGCUAAUUCAUUUAAUAUCAUCAUAUCUUUUGGAUAUAAAUUUAGGAAGUUUGUCACUCCAGUGAGGAUAUUGAGGCUGCUUGUGUUGAGGUGUAAGUUGGGAAGCAAUAAUACAAUACAUACCAUCCUCCUUCCUUCUUCUGGGAUGCCCCUUCUCCUGCCCACCAUGGCUGCUCUUUUUGUCUGAAGUGUGGGGUAAAAACACUUAAAACAUGGGUAGACAAACUAAGACCCGGGGGCCGGAUCCGGCCCAAUCGCCUUCUAAAUCCGGCCCGCGGACGGUCUGGGAAUCAGCUUGUUUUUACAUGAGUAGAAUGUGUCCUUUUAUUUAAAAUGCAUCUCUGGGUUAUUUGUAGGGCCUGCCUGGUGUUUUUACAUGAGUAGAAUAUGUGCUUUUAUUUAAAAUGCAUCUCUGGGUUAUUUGUGGGGCAUAGGAAUUCGUUCAUCCCCACCCCCAAUAUAGUCUGGCCCCCCACAAGGUCUGAGGGAAAGUGGACCGGCCCCCUGCUGAAAAAGUUUGCUGACCCCUGAUAGCUUCCAUACGAUCUUGAAAAUGCUAAAGCAUUCUUACGUUUUUUGUUGCAGGAGGAUUGUUCCAUAUGGACUGGCAAAUUACAGGGGAAGUUUCAGAGGCAAAAGAUCUACAGAGCGGCAUCGUAAGAGCUUGCAUUCAUCAAAACAGCCUCCAUUGCGCUGCUCUUGUGCAGACAGAUGCGACAAGCAGUGUAUGCACUUUUGCAGAAGGACCCAGAAUGGCCAAUGGUAAGAUUGUUCACCUGUGACAGGGGUGAGAAGCCCUUUUUUUUUGAGGGAUGCCAUACUGAUGGUAGGUGGGGACAGAGUUUAUAGUGGAUGGGGCUGUCCCCUCUCCUCUCUUGCACAGCCCCCUUUCCCUCAUUUCCCCCUUCUUGCCACUCACAUGAAAUUAGCCCAAGGAUAAUGCAUGUUGCACUCUCCUGUUUUAUGGUAUUUGUGUAUCUAAAAGGAAUUGAGAAUAGCGUGGGUAUAAUUUUUCUCCCUCUCUCAUAUAAGAGAAACCAAAUGAUGCAGUAGCAACAGGAAGUAACUUUUCAGGAAGUACUUAAUUCAGUGUACAGUCGUACCUUGGUUCUCGAGCAGAAUGCGUUUUGGGAGUCCAUUCGAAACUCCCGGAACCAUUUGAAAACCAAGGCACAGAUUCUGAUUGGCUUCAGAAGCGUCCUGCAGCCAAUCAGAAGCCGCAUCAGACACUUGGCUUCUGAAAAUCGUUCGAAAACUAGAACACUCACUUCCAGGUUUCGAUCGCUCGAGGGCCAAUUUGUUCGGGAGCCAAGGCGUUUGAGAUUCAAGGUACAACUGUAUAGAAUUCCCUACCACAAAUGUGAUGAUGGCCGUUAGCACUGUCCCCUUUCACAUGCAUCCACAGCUAGCUGCAUCCUCAUGGUUCAGAUGGGUAAGAAAGGCCCAUGCGUUAUGCCACUGUUAAUUCGUUUGAAAUUGAGCUCAGCCAGCUCAGUUGUUUGGUGUAUUCACAUUCAGAAGUGUUACGGAUCUCUAUAAUCUUAACACCUUACAUGUGAGAGCUGUUGAGAAUCAUCUGGCUGUGACACCAUUGGAAACAGAAUACAGUGGUACCUUGGGUUAAGUACUUAAUUCGUUCCAGAGGUCUUUUCUUAACCUGAAACUUUUCUUAACCUGAAGCACCACUUUAGUUAAUGGGGCUUCCCGCUGCCGCUGCGCUGCCAGAGCACGAUUUCUGUUCUCAUCCUGAAGCAAAGUUCUUAACCCGAGGUACUAUUUCUGGGUUAGCAGAGUCUGUAACCUGAAGCGUAUGUAACUUGAAGCGUAUGUAACCCGAGGUACCACUGUAGUGGACUAGAUUGAUCCUUGCUAUGAUCCUACAAGGAAACUCAGAUGUUUGUAAGAUAGCACAAGCAACAGAGUUUGUCCCAGAUGAGUUUAGUGAAUGGAAGAAACAUGGAGAAGAGCCCUUAAUACUUAUUUGGGAUGUAGCGUUGUGGAAAUAGUGUCAAAAAAAGUCAUGCUCACUUGUCCAGUUAACUGUUAAGCAGUGCUUGCUUUAUUCUAGCAUUCCUUAAAGGCAGACGCUGGAAAAGCAAUGGGUAUGUUUUGAACUUGUUCUUUGAAAGAGACAAUCUUUGGAUUAUAUUCAGUGCUAGUCCUACUUAGUGCAGACCCACUGAAAUUAAAGAACAUGUCUAUUAAUUUCAGUGGAUCAACUCUUAGUAGGUCUAGCAUUGGCUGCAACCCUUUAUUUAAAAAACCUUUUAGGAUAAUGGUGGUUUUCAACAACAGAUACAAAUAAUAUAAUAAAAUACAAAGUGCAAAUUAAAAACUAAAGCUAGAUAAAUAUUUGGGAUGAAUAAAUUGCGUGGUAAUUUAAAAGCCCCAACUUUCUUUUCCAUAGUAAUAAUGAGCAACUGAACAGCAGAGAAGAAACAGAUCCCCAUCGAGAAAAGGAGCAUAUAUCUCACUCUGUAGCCCAGGAGAAUUUUCAGCUUCUUCAAAGUGGAGAGGUGCAGUCUAUGUUUUAAUUAUAUUGUGCGUGUAAGUGGCUAAAACGUUUGGAGGGCAAGUUAAUAUUUUGAUAAUUGUCAAGUCUGUUAGUUUAAAGAAAAGGCCUAGAAGCAGGUAGCAGGCAUGUUUCUACCUGAUCAUGUGCAUAUUUAAGGCACUUUUUAAUCAUCGCUGUUCUUCCAGCCAAAAAAUGAAAUUGGUUUGCCUUAAGGCAGAAGUGUUGUAUUCAAAAUGUAAAGUGUUUUCUGUUGACUCAAAUGUGCAACCAAACUCAACUCAAUAGCUUUGUUUGGUGCAAAACAGAAAGCAUAACCUAAAAUAAUUAUUUGGUGAUUUUAGAAUUUUUUAAUAUUGUGUUAUUAAUAGCAACAUAUAGCAUUUCAGAGUGUUUGAAGUGCUUCAUAUACCUUAUCUCAAGUAAGCCUUACAGAUGCCCUAUAAUAAGAUGGAUUAGUUUUAUUACUCCUAUAAUUGAGGUUGGAGCUGGUACUAAGAAACAGUAUCUUGCUCAAAGCCACCUACUGAGUUCAUGGCAGAGAUAACAAGAUAACAUUUCAGCUGUGGCAGGGGUUUCCCACUCCACAUCUUGGUCUUUUUUUGAUUCAAUAUGACCUAUGAGAUAGGUUAGGCUGAAAAAUUAAGACUUGAUGACAGCCAGCCAGUCACACUACCUCACAACCCAUCAGGGAACUGACACUGGGUUUCUGACGUGCACAGCUAACCUUCCAAACAUUGCACUAGACCAGCAUUUCCCAAGCUAGUGCUCAAAUCAUCUGGAGGGCACCAACCUGGGGAAGAUGCCCCCUCCAUCGCACUAAUUUCACUAAUCUAGCUAGGUGGACCAAGGGUAAAGGUAAAGGGACUCCUGACCAUUAGGUCCAGUCGUGACCGACUCUGGGGUUGUGGCGCUCAUCUCGCUUUAUUGGCCGAGGGAGCCGGUGUACAGCUUCCGGGUCAUGUGGCCAGCAUGACUAAAUAGCUUCUGGCGAACCAGAGCAGCACACGGAAACGCCGUUUACCUUCCCUCUGGAGUGGUACCUAUUUAUCUACUUGCACUUUGACGUGCUUUUGAACUGCUAGGUUGGCAGCAGCAAUGGGAGCUCACCCCGUCGUGGGGAUUCGAACCGCUGACCUUCUUGAUGCGCAAGUCCUAGGCUCUGUGGUUUAACCCACAGCGCCACCUGCGUACAUUACCCUAACUUCAUGUCUGUGGGAUUAUUCCUGAAUGAAGUAAGUAGAAUUCCAUCCAGCUGGAGACUGGGCCAUAUUGAAGCCCCUAGCCUACGGUCUAAGGAAUAUGCUGGACCCAGAUAUGAGAGAUGUGUGUGAAGAUAGUGGCAGCAAUUGCAGUAGGACUUGCUGGCAGCCCAUUUUGAAGAUGGGCGGGGGAGGCUUGCUGCAGCACCCUCCCUUCCCUGCUCAGAGCUGACCUACUUUAAAACUAGUUGUGGACUAAGGCACUAUGGUAACUGAAAGCAGUUCCUUCCAUACUAUGAUUCUUACUCCAAUUCCAUUCUCUUUGCUAGAAUGGCAGUUGAUUUUUGUGGUAACAUAUGGCUAAUAGUUCUCAGAAAUUUAAUUUUUUGCCUGUUGCCCGCACAUUUCCUGGCACUGCUUGCUACAUUUCUGGGUAUAUAUUUAUAUUUAUAAAUGAAGAAUUAUUCUACAGCAAAUGGCUCAAAAGUUGCAUAAGCAUUCUGUUCUUAGUUUGUUCCUGAAAAGCCCAUGUCAUCAAUUAAAACAACAACAGCAACAAAUUGGGGGAAAUUGGAGCUAAGUCUUGUCUUGCAGUAACCACCAGAAAUGAGCUGGAUGGCUUGACAACACUUUGCUUUGCAGUAUGUCCAGACACCUGGUAAAUAUAUAUUUUUCUUGAAGUCUUGUAUGGAGCAGGGGUCUUGUGGGAUCUGUAGCUGAUCUGUGUAGACAUCACAUUGAGGAAAGCAGCUCUAACCACUCCACCACACAGGGUCUCAGUGCUUGUUUCAUUUAUUUAUAAAAUAACCCUUGCUUUUGGCCGUUAAAAAUAAUAAUGGUUUCAGAAUACAAAACAAAAUUUCAACAGCAUUUGGAAAAGCCUUUCAUUGUGCAUUUUUCUUCCACAGGUAUGAAGUUGAGUACCUACUACCUAAGACAUGAAACUCACUGAAGAUGAAGUUCACUGAAGAUGAAGUUCAAGACUCUCAAAUGGAUUAUCUACCUGCAGGUGCUUCCUUUUCCUGAACUGAUGCAAUCUUGAAAGUGGACAAUGUACCUGCCUGGAGGAAGUGUUACUGAACUGCAAUGUUCUGGCUAAUGUCUUGCUUGAGUCUUAUACACCCCACAUGAUGGUGACAUCCAUGAUGGCAUCCAUCAAUUUUGGAAAGCAACAUUUUCGCUGUUUACGGUCCCAAGAACAGCCCCCACUGGCUAAAAAAGAAAAAAAAUAAAGAUUCAAAGAGUGAAAAACUUUCCUAUUCUGUCAAGAUGCGGGACAGGAAAAAAGAAUGCUUCACUUGUUUGCUUGUCAUAUGUUUGAAUGUCCAGCUUUUCGCAUGCAGUUGUCAUGGGACAAGUUGGGACAUUGGAACAGUACCUAUAUUUGAUAUUCUGGUCACUUUUUUUUUUUUUAUAAAAGGCACCCUUUUCUCCAUAAUGUUGUUCAAACCUGUCUUCCUAUUGUAAUCUCAGUGGUGAAGAAAUGUAAAUUACAAUAUCUAUGCAGAUUGAAUAUGAAUGGCUAAUAUUAAUAUAAUUAUAACAUAUAGCAAGCUAACAGUAUACUGGGAGUAUUUCAUAGGCUAUUGGAUUUAGGCACCCAUUAUUCCUGCACUGAAAUGGAAUUUUACAACAGAUCUACUGGAUAGAUGUUGAGAGAGAAGAAUGCUAGUUUAUCCGUCCUAUUCACUCUGCUGCCCUGGGGUGAAGAAAUUCUGAAACAUUAAAAAUGCAUUUGAAGGACAUUCAAAGCCAUAUAUUAGCCCUUAAUUCAAAUUGCUAGAAGGGCUGGCUGGAAAAAUACAGUGAUGGGAACUGUUAAUUGCAAUUAUGAAAGUUCAUUUUUGAGGAACAGAUGAAGCAGAAGAAUUGGAUGUAUUUCUAUACAAUCAAUGGAUGGCCUUUUUGAAUUAGUUGGGUGCAUGUUAAGAAGACUGCGGAAGAACAUUCACCCAGUGUUUGCUAAUCAGAAAGAGGAAAAAGACAUUCAUUACUAAUAGUUGAGAAUCUUUCAAAGGAUACUUUCAUAAGAAUGGAUUUUUCUUUAAAAGUCUAUUAUUUUACAAGAACAUAGUUCUGGAGACCACAGUUAAGACUGUAGGCUGAACUGAUGAACUUUUGGGCUCAUUCAGAAAACGUGCAAAUCCCCAAACCAGCUAUAUAAAAUUUGCAAAAAAAGUAACGGACAUUGUUUUCAGCAAGAAAGGAAGAGAU